AUGAGAAUGGAGAACCUCUCAUUUCUUCUGUUAUUAUGUGCAGCACUUUCCUGUGCUUUUCCUGCGGAUACAAGGCAGAAGGAAGAAGGCAUGCAGCUUAUCCAGAAGUACCUGGAAAAUUACUAUGGCUUUAAGAAAGAUGGGGAAUCUUUUGUUUGGAAAAGUGAUAGCCCAAUGACCCAAAAACUAAAAGAAAUGCAGGAAUUCUUUGGGCUAGAAGUGACAGGGAAACUGGAUUCUGGCACUUUGGACUUGGUACAGAAGCAUCGCUGUGGAUUCCCUGAUAUAUCUGGGUUCUCGACCUUUGCAGGAGAGCCAAAAUGGGCAAAACAAGUUCUGACAUACAGGAUAUUAAACUACACACCAGACCUGCAUCCAGCAGAUGUCAAUGCAGCGAUCAAGAAAGCAUUAAGUGUUUGGAGCAGUGUGACCCCACUGAAAUUCGUCAAGAAGGACAGAGGUGAUGCAGACAUAAUGAUCUCUUUUGCAGCCAGAGGUCACAACGACUUCGUCCCCUUUGAUGGCCCAGGAGGAUCCCUUGCUCAUGCCUAUGCACCCGGCAAGGACUUUGGUGGAGAUGCUCACUUUGAUGAGGACGAAACCUGGACCAAAAGCACAGAGGGUACAAACCUCUUUUAUGUGGCUGCCCAUGAGUUUGGCCAUUCACUGGGACUUUUCCAUUCCAAAGAUCCCAAUGCUCUGAUGUAUCCAGUUUAUGGGAAAUUCAACCCUUCAGUAUUCCCUCUUCAUCAGGAUGAUAUUAGCGGCAUUCAGUACCUCUAUGGACCAUCUCCUAACACACACAAUGAUCAAAGGGAAUCUGCUGAGAUAGAAGACACAACUGAGUCAAACGAUCCUGCACUGCCAAACACAUGUGGCCCCAAUUUAACUUUUGAUGCUGUCACAACUUUCCGUGGAGAAAUAAUGUUCUUUAAAGACAAGCAUAUUUGGCGUAAACAUCCUGAAGUAAGAACAGCUGAAUUUAAUUUAAUAUCUUCGUUCUGGCCACGGUUGCCCCCUGGUGUUGAUGCUGCGUAUGAAAUUCCUGAAAAAGAUGAAACAGUAAUUUUUAAAGGGAAUGAGUUCUGGGUUGUGAGAGGAGAUGCCAUACUUCCUGGAUACCCCCAAAAAGUCUACACCCUGGGCUUUCCAAAGGAUGUUAGGAAAAUUGAUGCUGCUUUUUAUAAUGAAAAUGAGGGGAAGACAUAUUACUUCAUAGCAGAGAAAUUUUGGAGGUAUGAUAAAAGAAGUCAGUCUAUGGAUAAAAAGUCAUUACUCAUAAGAGAUGUGUUUCCAGGAAUUAAUGGAAAGAUAGACGCUGUUUUUCAAUAUGAAAACCUUCUUUAUUUCUUCUGUGGAAGAAAGCAAUUUCAGUUUGACCCCAAUAAGAAGAGAGUUACACAAUUCCUAAAGACAAACUUCUGGUUUCCAUGUUAA